GCAGCUCUAUCUGUUAUUCACUCCAGGACUGUUUGAUGUGUGUUUGCUCUACUCACUUCUGCAUGAACAAUGGAGAUGUAUGGUGUCCUGCUUAUGCUUGCUGUUAUUGUGAGAACUGAGACUCAAGUUGUGCACAGGGAUUUUAUAUUUACUGGAUGUUCUGAUACAGAGAAAGAAUUUUUGAUGGGAUUUGAUGGAGAGGAACAGUGUCAUUCAGACUUCAUUAGAAAAGAAGGAGUAGUGACACUGCCUGACUUUGGAGAUCCUAUCAGCUUUCCUGGAUUUUAUGAGAAUAGUAUUGGUCAACUAGAGGUCUGCAAACAAAACUUACAAGUACACACUCAGAUUUACAAAUCCCCUGUUGAGCGACUAGACAUCCCAGAUACUUCCAUCUAUUCAGAAGAUGACGUGGUUCAGGAUGUUGAGAACACCCUCAUCUGUCAUGUGACUGGAUUCUUCCCUCCACCUGUCAAUGUGUCAUGGACUAAAAACAAUCAGAUUGUGACAGAAGGCAUGAGUCUAAGCCAGUACCGCAGAAAAGAUGACGGCACCUUCAACAUCUUCUCCAGUCUGAAGUUCAUGCCAAAAGAGGGAGACAUUUACAGCUGCACUGUGAACCACAAAUCCAUUCCAGGCCAACCUCAAACCAAAACAUGGGAUGUUAAUGUUGCCCUCCCAGGUGUUGGUCCAGCUGUGUUCUGUGGAGUGGGUCUGACUCUGGGACUGCUGGGAGUCGCUGCUGGAACUUUCUUCCUCAUUAAAGGGAACAACUGCAACUGAUUUAAAAAUUAACACGUUCUUAUUUUGUAAUUCAGAUUUUUUUGAACUUCUAAUUAACAUUCUCCUCCAAUUAAAGUCAUUUGUAAAUU